AUGGCGCACCACGAGUCUGAGGAUCACAGCUACGACCCCCAGGAUGCGCUCUCGGUAGCCAUCAAGGCGACUGCCCUGACGGGUACUAUUGGUCUUGUUGGCUCUGCUGUCCAGAACACCCUGGCCAGGCAGAACGUCGGAUCGCUGGGCAUCUUCAUGCGCAGCGGCAGCACCGUCGGUGUCCUUGCUGCCAUGGGAGGUACCUAUUCUUUCGUUAAGACGGCCUCCGCCAACUUGCGCGAGCAGAACGACACUUGGAACACCGCGAUCGGUGGCUUCUUCUCCGGUGCUAUCCUUGGUUUCCGAGUCCGUACUUUCCCCGCGGUUCUCGGUUACGGCGCCGCCUUGUCAACCUUUAUGACUGUCUUCGAAUACACUGGUGGCAGCCUCUUUGGAUAUAAGAAGGACCAAGAUGUUGAUGAGUAUGAUCGUCGCACCGCGUUGCGGAAGAACUUCCAGACUGCCGGCGAGCAGACCGUUGCCGAGCUGGGUGAGGGGCGUGGUGUCUACGGCCCGGGCUAUGAGCAGCGCCGUGCAGAGCGGAUCAAGGAGGCGUACGGCAUCGAGGUUCCCACAUCUCCGGUCCCUGCAUCAUAA